AUGUCGGUAGCAUCGCUAGUUCCUGCGAACAGCCAGAGAAGCAGAGCGACGGCUGUGAAGUCUUUCGAAGACUUCCUUGCGAAGAAGGAGGUGACGCUCACAGAAGUGCAUGAUCGUAUUUCUAAGGACAGCACAGAUAUAAAGACUAUCAUCUCGGCUCUCUACAUGCACGCUUCCGCCAACUCCGACUACCUGGAUGCGGCGCUAGUGGCGUUGAUGUGGUACCUCUACGGUCGUGGUUCUGAGGCUGAGCAAUUGGAGAAAGCCCAGCUGUGUGUAUACCCCGGCGGUAUGAUAUUUCUCCGCUUUAAGCAUGUGAUGACUGCUUCGCAACAGGGAAUCUCCCUGUUUAAGGAUCCUAACGAUCCCUUCACGUGCCCGUUACACGUACUAGCUGUCGCUCUCGCCCUUCAACCCGCUCCAGGAACUCGCAUCUUCCCGCAAAUUGCUGCCGUACCUGCGCUGUCCGCGUCCGACGACCAAGACGACGAUGGCGAGCUGGGGCUGAUUGCGCAGCUAGACCGCGAGCUUGCGGAAGCACCUACAUGCAAGACUCCACAGCCACGUCGAGCCAACUCGGCCCCUGGUGCCCAAGCUUAUAUCAAUAGACUAUUAGUCACGGUUAGUGGACUGCCGGCAGCAAAGGAGAGUGGACUCACGAAGGGACUUACCUCGCACUCCUUCAGAAGAGGUGGGGCCAUGCACGCCAACGCCGACAGUCGCAUUAGCCCGAACUGGGUUGUUGAACGCGGGGGCUGGAAUAUGUCGCGCGUGAGCAAGGCGUUUUCCUACAUGCUGAACACAACACACGAAGAUCAACAAGUUGCGCGCCAAUUGAGCGGGUGGAACCCACAAGCGGGCGCCCGACUUCCAGACCUUACCGCCCUGGACGGAGUCGUCCGAGCGCGCGUGCUCGAAGUGUUGAUGGCGACCUUGAUCCUUCACUUCCCCGAGAUGGAACGCCAUCGCUUGGAUAGCCCGUACGCCUCCGAGCUGUUGGCAUGGUCGAUCACCCUCCGAGCUGCAUUCAAACCACCUGCAGAAGAGAAACAAGAAACAGCGGCCGAGUCCUCUCAAAACAUGAUCCGUGUUCUCGAAAAGCUGUCGCAGCAGCUCGACGAGCUAUUGCUCCGCCAAACACGCGUAGAGGAAAGGCUGGCUGUUUUGGGGGCGAACGCAGAAUCUAUUGACAAGAAAACAAACACUACCGAGCAGCAGCACGAAGACCUGGAUCCGGCCUCGCCAGCGUACAAGGCGGAGGUCCACGCUGUUGGAGUCGAAGCCGAGAAGAAGACGCUUGAAUACUUGGCUGCACAAGGCUCCCAGGCUGUAGCCGUUGGCUCGGUCGUCAAAGCCAUGCGCGCGCUUCACAAAGCAGGCCACCUUUCCGUCCUCCUUGACCAGUUUCGCGAGCGCUACUAUGAAGGCGAAGUCAUCGACCCGACACCCAAUUCUGCCCUUCCGCCAUUUCUGCUCUUCACCUAA